AUGGACAUACUUUCCAUAGACCUAUUCAACUAUAGCAAAAUAUUGGAACGACAUGGGCAAAAGGUCUGCACAACGCGGAUCUUUUCAAUUGCCUUCUAUAUGAACAAUGUGAUCUUGCCACCAUCUGAUCAAUUUAGAAUAGCUCCGUCCAUUAUCCCAACUCCGUGUGAUUUAGGCCUUCCAUGCGGCUCUCAAUACGUCAAAGAUCCUGGCGCUGGUGCGCAGGGCCAAGCUGCUUACCCGUCCAAAGAAGCCGACCUAUUCCAAGAUGUAAGAAGUAGAUCCUGCAAAAAUCCAAAAUUCCUUGCGAAACUAUGCUCGUUCAAGUGUCACGACCCCAGUAAGUCCCAACAAUUACGUAACAUGAAAAACGAGAUAGUAGACCUCGUUGUAAACCGGAUUACAAAACACCGAGUGGGCCUGGAUCUCAAAGCGUAUACGAUCUGGACAUGCAACCUUAUUAAGCGUGAUCAGCUGCGCAUUAUGGAUCUCGAAUCAACGGAGUCAUGGGCUUGGGCGGCAAAUCUUGAUGAGUUGGAAGCUUUUGUAAGCGAGGUAGAUGUUCUCAGCAAACAUAUUUGCUCCGUUGAAGUUGACAACAUGAUCACACGGCCCAAAUAUAUCUAA